AGACUUCCUCCAUCAAUACAGAACAUCCAGGAAAGGCCAUCAUGAUGAAUUGCCUCUUAAUCUUCACUUCACUUUUUCUGCCUUACAGCUUUGCCAUCCCGAUACCUUCUAAUCUUGAAGAGCCAGGUACUGGAGACCUGAAGUUUCUAGAGGUGUAUCUCGAUAGGUUCUUCCCAUCCGUUCAUAAGACAGCGACUCUUGGCCUGGAACAGCGACUCAGGGAAAUGCAGAAGUUUUUCCAUGUGACUGUCACGGGGAAAAUGAAUCGAGAAACACUAGAGGUAAUGAACCAACCUCGCUGUGGUGUCCCAGAUGCUCCAGGAUACAAAGCUGCAGUAGGAUCAAGAUGGGGGAAAACAAUCCUUACUUACAGGAUUAACAACUACACCCCUGAUAUGCACCCAGCCAAAGUGCGGGAGGUGAUAGCAAAGGCAUUCAAAGUGUGGAGCGAUGUGACCCCACUGCAGUUCAGGAGAACAACAGGGCCUGCUGAUAUUGAAAUCCUGUUUGCCUCUGGUGCACAUGGAGACUAUGCCCCUUUUGACGGUAGAGGAGGAGUCUUGGCUCAUGCUUACUUUCCUGGAUCAGGCAUAGGGGGAGAUGCUCAUUUUGAUGAGAGUGAGCAGUGGUCAGAAUACAACCGGGAGACCAACCUGUUCCUUGUUGCUGCACAUGAAUUUGGCCACUCUUUGGGACUGAGCCAUACAAAUGUCCAGGGAGCUCUGAUGUUCCCUUCCUAUUCUUACAGGAACCCAAAUAACUACAAACUACCUUAUGAUGAUAGGCAAAGAAUCCAGCGAUUAUAUGGAAAAAGAAAAUGAAACUCUCGAAGAAUCUUCUUAAGCAUCUGAACGACAUGGAAUGUUUACAUAUUUUGCACAAGUCACGUUUAUUUUAGAAAGGAAAAAAGUGCUUUUCAAUAACAAAGCAAUUAAUAAUAAAGCAACACGCAAUCAA